UACAAGUGUCCUCGAGUUGAGGCAAGAGGAACUGAAAACACCUCUGUCAAUGGAGGAAAAUGGUGAAUCUGGUCGACUUGAUUAUAAUAAAAGAAGAGCCGAAGGUGGAGAUAGAAAGGAUGAUGAGCCGAAAGUUCAGAAAUUAAACAGUGAUCAAAAAACGAAAAAAGGAAACCCUCUCAGCACCACCUGCUAUGUUCAGAUAUUGGGAACUGGAUUGGAUACUCAAGAUACACCAUCGAUUUUGCUCUUCUUCGAUGACCAGAGGGGUUGCAGCGGUUCUGUACUGAGCACGGGAUUAAGUUAUCCAAGAUAUAUUCCUUUCUCGUGUCUGCUCAGAAACUACAGGUGGACUAGCAGGUCUUUUCUUGACUUUGGCUGGGAAAGGAAAUAAAGAGAUGUCAGUUAGCAUACAAGGUCCCUCUGGUCUCCAAUUUUUAGUAGAGGCUAUGA